AUGGAACUCGAUAAAGUUGGCGAUCCCAAACCCAUCCCCUCAGAGUUGUUUGCUGAUUGCCCCUUCCGCAGUCCUGCAACCCUGAGCGGUGCUAUUGACGUAAUAGUCGUUGAGCAGGAGAACGGUACUCUCUCCGGAGCCUCCGCACUCGCCAUCCUUUUACUGAUUUGCCAACUCAGGUGACCUCGCAUGCUCGCCAUUUCACGUUCGUUUCGGCAAGUUUUCUUUGCUACGACCUUACGAGAAGAAGGUUGCUAUUUCCACGUGAGACGGGGUGAAGGGUAUCCGAGAGCUGAUGUGAGAACCGCGACAGGUCGAAUUCCGCGUCAAUGGUCAGAAGACCGAUUAUUCCAUGAAAUUGGGCGAGGGCGGGGAGGCCUUUUUCGUUUUCGAAACCAAUCAGAUUGUUCCGCUUGAAAUGCAAACUUCACCGUUAGUAUCUCCGUCUGCAAGUCCUCGGUCGGUGGCUUCGGUCCCCGAGCCGCCGUCACUGCAAGAGCCGGAUUACCUGAAUAUUGCCGAUACUUCAGGGCGAAAGGCAGCUUCCACCGGGAAUGUUUUGCUGAAUCCAAGGCGGGCCCAGUCUGAUUUUGGUAAGCUUGGUUUGGGCUCGGGAGUUCCCUUUCUUUUCUUUUGUUCCGGGGCUGAUGGGUGUUUGCUCCGGUAGGAAACGCGACGCCACUAUCUUCCGCGCCAGACAAUGCUCGGCCGGCGAGUGGCGAUUGGUCCGGGACCGCCAUCAACCUUGAGCGGUCCGCUUCGGAGGAGGCGCUCCCCACAUCGACUCGCCGGUAUACCAUGUCAGGGCAGGGCGGCCCGGUUCGCACUCGUUCGCCCCCACCGGUUGAUCAGGCGGCGGCUGUGGAGAGGGCGCUUGUCCUUUCUCGCAAGCUUUCCAUCAGUAACAUCCCAACACAUGUCACUGAUCGCGGUGACGUCAUGUUGGAUAUGAAUGGGUACAAAUUUGACCAGGAGGAGUCCCUGCAGGCCGAAAUGAUUGCUCGGAAGAUUCUAGCGGAGGAGCUGGAGGACGACUAUGAUAUUGGCUCUUUGAUCGGGGCUGACAGGAACGGGAACCUUUGGAUCUACUCAAGUGAGGAGGCGAAAGAGAAGGCUGGACGAGAGGAAGGCAUUUCUCAGGGGAUCGAUGCAGUUUCGGACGUGGGGUAUUCGUCAGAUGAAGCGAGGAGCGAUUCAUCCUCCGAGUCCGCAGGGAAGAGGAUGGAUCGGUUGUCGACGCCACCCGCUACCCCUCCACUUCCUGGUCAGGAGAAGAGCGAAUCAAAGAGCUACGCAAAAACUCUUAGACUCACCUCGGAGCAGUUGAGGAGCCUGGAUCUGAAGCCCGGCGCCAAUGCUAUCAGUUUUAGUGUAAACAAGGCGACAUGUACGGCGUUCAUGUACGUGUGGAAGUCCGAUGUCCCGAUCGUCAUAUCCGAUAUUGACGGGACCAUCACAAAGUAAGCUAUUCGCCUUGGGAACAGAGAGGUAUCGUUAACAUGCGUGAAUAGAUCCGAUGCCUUGGGACACGUCCUAACUAUGAUUGGGCGUGAUUGGACCCAUUUAGGUGUUGCAAAGCUCUAUACGGAUAUUGCGGCUAAUGGCUACCAUUUACUCUACUUGACCAGUCGAUCGGUUGGGCAGGCGGAUACUACCAGGAAUUACCUGAAUGGUAUAGUACAGGACAAGUACAAGGUACCGAAGGGACCAGUGAUUAUGAGUCCAGAUAGAACAUUUUCGGCAUUGAGAAGGUGGGUUACUAUUGUGGCCCGGUUUAGAACAACCAUUGACACGGCAUAGGGAGGUGUAUCUGCGCAAACCUGAAGUAUUUAAGAUGGCCUGUCUACGAGACAUUCUUAACCUCUUCGGAGCUAGGCAUAAUCCGUUCUACGCUGGAUUUGGAAACAGGCUCACAGACGCGCUCUCGUAUCGCUCUGUCAAUAUACCCUCCACUAGGAUCUUCACCAUUAACUCUUACGCUGAGGUUUCGUUGGAUCUACUGACUCUGACAAAGUACAAGAGCUCCUAUGUCAACAUGAGGGAUCUUGUCGAUCACUUUUUCCCACCUGUUGGACUGUUGAGCACCGAUGAGCAGUACACGGACUUUAACUAUUGGAGAGAUCCAGUGCCCGAUCCGGAGGAGUUUAGCGAUAGCGAAGAUGAGGAGGCUGGCGAGGAGGACGAGGAUGAGGACGGUGAGAUGGCAGACAGUUACUAUGAGGAGCAUGGGGAGAUGGCCGAAAGCUAUAUGGGGAACGCAGACGGGGAGGACGAGUACGAUGAAGACGAAGAGGAGGACGGCGAAGAAGAUGAAGAUGAAGAGGAAGAGGAAGAGGAAGACGGUGACGAAGAGGAGGAGGAUGAAGAAUACGACGAAGAGGAGAGCGGGACGGCCGAGAGCAAAAUCGAGCAACACCCUACCGAUGUCCGGAGAGAGGGGGAGAAGCCCGGAGCAGCUGCCACGGCCGAAGAAAAAACAGGGCUCGGAAUUCCCUUUGUCGGUGGCAAGAUGAGCGGGAUGAAAAUGGACCUCGAUCCCAGCCGCCUCACACAAGCCAAGGAAUUUGCAGAAAGGGAAUUGAGCGGGAUCGUGGGGGAAGUGGUCGGUGAGAUCAAGGCACUCACAACCGACUCGAGUAAACCUGAGGCAGAAAGCAAGAGUCAAGAGGAAAUCGGCGUUUCAGCAUAGGAGCUGAGCGAAGGUUAUCGGUGCGCGUGGUAGCAAGUAUUGGAUGCAAUUGCCAAGGCACCGAGGAGUGCGCAUAAAAGUACAUUACACUUAUUACAUAGUACUGUUUUCACUUUUGUGUUUUCUUUCUACUUUCUUUAGUUCCUGUCCGGCGCACGGUUUGUAAUAUCCUCUUUUUCUAUCAUCAUUCGGAAAUCGGAGUACCCUGGGUUUUUCCUUGUUCAAUUUUAUAUUUUCAACGUUUUAUUAUUAAAGCCUGCAUUGCUUGCGCUGCUGUUUCACCUUUUCCACAUGACGCAUCCUUUUCCGCAGCUGUCGUGGUAAACAUGUAUUAUCACCCGCGUUGAAUAUACCUCUUUUUUUUUCUUUUC